AUCUGUGGUGUGACAGCCAGCAAGUUCAGCAACUAGCUACUAAAUUACCCAAAACUAAGGGGGGAACAGUUAACUACUCCGUUCGGUCACCGCGGUCAGUUCAUCUGCCGUGUAUCUGGAUGUUUCGGAAGAGAUUUCAGCAUACAGUGUAUGGAUUUUAGUCAUAGAUACAAUGGAUUUCCCCAAAACGCUCUUCUUUCUGACCCUUGUGGUUGGCGUGACAGGGGUAUUAGUAACAAGAUGCCGUUGGACAGGAAAGCUGUGCGAGUUAGGAAACCCAUCCGCGAAUGAUCUUCAAUGCUAUUACAGCCUUCAUUCUACUGACACUGCAUCCGGUGGCAUGGAGAAGCAGGAGCUUGUUGACAAAGUGGAUCCCAUCAUUAAGUCUCUCCAAUACAUACCCCUCGACACAGAAAACACAAAGUAUUUUGGAUUCCCCUACUAUCUCAGAAUAGACCUUGACUGUCCCGACCACAUGACAGGCAUGCCUCCCUUGGCAUAUAUGACGAUGGGUUUGCUCACUGGCCUGAGUCCAGUAGUGUACUUGACUAUAGGACCGCCAGUGAAACCCACACUUAUCAAACCUCAAAGGCUGGAAUUAAUCUUGAACACAGGAACCCUCUCGGAUUUAUUACAUUGUGCAAGUGAAAUGUGCUCUUUCGGAUGGUAUGCUCCCAUGCCAGUCCUAAAUGGAUCGGUUGUCUAUGGGAUCAAAAUCAAAAGCAAUGGCUUCGGCAAGGUGGAUGUUAAAGAUACAAGCUACUCAAUAAAUGUGAAUGGCCUCAGGACAACGUCUGACUACUCAGAGGAUUCUUUUGGAAUACCGAUUCCACUUAGCUCUGUGAUGUCGGCAUACAACACAUAUGAGGCAUAUUCUCCAAUGUUGGCCUCGCCUGAUCACUCACCAGUGAUGAUCAUCCCAGGAAUCAAACAUUCCAAGGCUGUUCUCUUCACAGCAUCUCAGUUCAAGCAUUCUCAAUUCGUAGAGGUGGGUAUUAAAAAUUGCUGGGUAUCUACAUUGCAAUGCAGAAAUAACAGAUUUGAAGAGACGAUCCGGGAGGCUGUGGUUUUGGAGAGCACCUUGAUCAUCAGGCAGAAUGGGAUGCUGCAUCGCUUCCUUGGAGACUAUACUCUUCUCCCUCUCACAGCCCAAGACUCAAAUGUGUGGGUGGAAACGAUGCGUUCAGUGUGUGUGAAGAGGAUGGUGUUUGUGCCAACGGCCCAUGGGGGAAAGGAAUUCUUCUAUGUCCUUGGAGAUGGAAAUCAUCAACAUACACUAUUCCGAGCUGACAUUGAGGAUGGGGAGCUGACAUUCAAAGAAUUGAGAGACACUGCAGGAAAUGUCUGCUUUUUUCUGGCAAGGAUAUUGGGUGCAUACCAAGGUGCAUUCCUAGACUGUGUAAUCAAAACCGUGUGCCAACGUGGGGACAUAGAAAACUCGGACAUUGUGGUGGUGGACCUGGUUUUGAGUUCCAAUAAUUGGAUAACCUAUGUAGUGUUUUACAAAGAUAACAUGUUCCAUCUCCAAGGCCGUAUGCCCCAGUUUGUCCCUAUAGCCAGUUCGAAUUCAUUUAUACUUGAUGAUGGUUAUGCACCUGACUCUAAUCAGCCGGUGUUCAUACAUGGUGUGGCAUACAGCCCUUACAGUCAAAUAAUCUACUUCUGGGGAACCGUCCUCGUCUGCUCGUUAGACGAAGGACGCACAUUCAUGUUUCUGCGUGGCCUUGAAAAUUUACAGUACCCGAUCAUGGACUUCAGUUUUUCAUACCAUGGAGAGUUUGUGUUUGUCACAGCUACCCUUUAUGAGGUUUGGUGGGGACAGGAGGGGUUAGACAGAGUUGUACGGCUUAGACCAUCUUAUGGUUGGUCACUGUUCACCAGUAUGGCGAAAUACGAGGACAGAUUCUCAAGAUAUCAAUAUGGACACAAAUUGCUGACUGUGUAUUGGGAUAGCAACAAAAAACUGCAAGAGGUAGUGUACAUAAACGCAACGGGAGAAGUUUUGAAAAGAGAUAUACCUGUUGCAGAUAUAAAUGCCUACAAUUCUGUGCGGAGUGCACCCAUCACCGGGUUAUCAUUCGGGUUCUUCACCGUUGGCAACCCUUGUCCGUUUGAAGUGGAGUACGUGACGGACCUGCCCCUGCCAGAUAGGUACACCCGUGUGAAGCGGUACCGGACCAGGCCUCCGCUGAUGCCAGGCUUCCUGGGGCUGCACACCACAGCCUCUCUGGCCACCUAUCACGGCCUGCUGCACCACAUACUCAAGCUGCACGUUGAAUAUAUGCAGGAUAUUGGCGAUCCUGCAAUAGGUCCAGUAUCUCGGUUUUGGGCCGGGAAAAUGGAUGUUGAGGACUUUUACUCCUAUGUGGCCAGCAAUGCAAAUUUGCAAGUUAACAUUGAGAUGGAUAUCGUUUCACGGGUGUAUGACUAUGCCACCUCAGCCCUCAACAUUCCACGUGAAAUCUAUCUGGACCUUGGGGAGUCAUACAGCUUCUCCAUCUUCAUCAGUGGAGGAGUGCCCAGUGACGCUUCACGAGAAAAUAUCGAUGUAAUCUGGAUUUCGGUUGAGUGUUAUGGCAGGGAGUAUGUUCAUAUUGAAGUCAAUAGGCAAGAAUUGUACAAACAUGCUGCUGUACUUCACCAGGUGAGCAUCCAAGACAGAGGAAAAUUUGGACGACAGGUCCUGGCAGGAAAGGACCUACAAACUGUCACUGUGAUACUCAAGGCAAGCGAAUGUGAAGACUGCUUCCAGCAAAGCAGCGAUGGGAUUGUCCCCUUGGGCAUUUACACAAUACUUGUGUAUAUUGGGUGCCCUCCUGGAAAACGCUUGGCCUUCGACAUCUCGAAAACUAUUUUAGAGAGCACUCGCCUCAACAAACGCUACUUUGACUGCCCAGUGCUGAGCAGCUCCCCCUGUUUCUACUACGAAGACAAGUUUUAUCCCUUCUUUCUGAUCCAAGACAUGGUGUUAGGGGAAUCAGGACCCUUUUUUGGCAGUUACACUUUUAAGAUAGUGGGAGGAGGCGCAUACUCCAGAGAUAACAUCCGCUACUACAACCAGGAGGAAAUACUGAUGUAUAACAGCGUUAACAUGUCAAAGAACAGUCUGAUAUGGGUUUACGGUGAACAGACAACGGUAUUGACUACCAAUGAAGGCUUUCCGGUGCUGUCAGAUACCCGCAACAGUAUUCGUUGGGUAUGCCAGGUGAACUCUCCGUGCGGCGAUCUGGUGGCCCAGGGACUGAUGGCACCAGACUUCUACUUUAUCAUUGAGGUGUCCAACAAAUUUGUGGGUUUUAACUCAUAUUGUGACUAUGCACUCCGCUUUGAAAUUCAUGUCCAUGGAUUUCCACUUUCUCCAUCAAGGACCCUGUAUUACUUCUUGAUUUCCCUGGGCAUCAUAAACGGGGUUCUGUUCUGCUAUGUGGUGUUCCACUGCUGUGGCCCCGGAGUCAAGUCCAUUGGCCAGGCGGCAUUAGAGGCGGUCAGGCAGCAACCAGAGGAGGAGGAUGAAGAGUCGGACACCUAUUCAGACACGGAUAUUGGACCAAAUUAUUAAUAAAACAGGAUGUGCGCUUGCGCUACACCCUCUGAAUGCCCUAUGAUCCUGGAGUUCAAACUAAGGACUUCAGGCUGACUAUUUUUCGAAGACUAGACCCAGGGAUGUCCAAAGCGCUUGGAAUAUUUUUCUUUCUUUCUUUUUUUUUUUAAAAAAGGUGGUGACUCUUAAUUCACAAAUUUGUCUUUGUACAAAAACGUUUAAAUACUCUAAUUCACAAAAUAAAAAAUGAAUAAAUAAAUAACCAUUA